GAAUGUUGAUUUCGAUGUGAAAUUCCGAAAAACAGAUUUCUAAGUUCGGAAACUGACAAAAUUAUCCAACAGCUUGUGUAUAUAUUUUUCUGAAUGUCUCGAUUUGUAGUACUUUUUGUUUUGGACUUUGUUUCUUAUCUACAGUGAGAUUAUUUUACGAAAAAACAUCGGUUGUUUUCCAACUUUGGACUUACGAACAUCAGCGAGCAUCUCAUUCAAGAAGUAUUACGAGUGAUGAUUUGAUUUCGGCAAUGAAUCAUACUUAUAGAUAUAUUUCGCAAUUUCAAAAAGUACCUACUUAACAAGGGGCUAUGGCUGCGCCUGCGUCCACCCUGGAGAUAAUAAGCAGGAUAUUCUUUUGUCAUCCACCUUGAUCUUUGUUUGUGUGUUUCUACUUCUAGUAGAGACUAGUCCUAACAAUUAUGUUCAGCCUUUAUUAAAUUUUAUUUCGAACAUUCAAAAUGAAAGUUAAAUACAUACAUUCUGUUAUUUCUUCUAUACCAUUUCUAGAGGACCUCAUAAGAUCGAUAGUUUCUUAUGUUUUGUUGUUUUACUUCUUUUAUUAUUGUUAUACAAGAAGUUGGACAACAUGGGAUAAGCGCAGAUGAAAGAUAGGAGUUAGAGACGAUGAACAUCAAACAUUCCAUAUUUAUAGUUCUUUUAUUCAAAACUAUAGGACAAUUGAUCGCAAGUGAUACAGAUUGCUUAUCGUUUGAUGUCCUUCUGACUCAAACUAUUGACAAUACAGGCUUUCAUAGAGAAUUUAAAUGGUUACUAGAAAUUACUAAGCCUGUGAGGGAUGUCAUUUCAGAGUACAAAUGUAGUUUUAUAGUUCAAAUAGAUAUGCCUCAGGGGGCAUUUGUCAAUCCUGAUCAAUUAUCUGAUCUACAGCGAAUGGGUAUUCUUAAGGCUGUGAUUGAUGGAUUUGUCGAUGUUGAACAGAUUGAACAUGAGGCCUCAAAUCACACUGUCAACAUAUUCAUUGAGACUGAUGAUUACACCAAAGUUCCUAUUGUUUUACCAUUCCAUUUGAGAUAUCAAAGAGCCCAAAUAUCGGGUGGCUAUGCGAAAGUUACAUUACCUAAACCCAAUUUAUUAGCUAGGUGUUCCCAAAAACUGAAAAAGUUUUGUAGUAGAAAAUCGGUACUAGCACCUUGUGGCUUGAAUAGUCUGAAGAAAUGUAGGUGGAUGAAUUUAACCUACAAAGCACUAUUCAACAUUGACGAGGUUCAAGUUCCUGUUGGAGACCUGGAUCAUUAUCCUUUAGUGUCAAUAGUUUCUCUAUUGAUAGGAUGUUUUGGUUGCAUAUAUGUGUUGUCCCUUUUAUCAAUGUUUUCUAAGAAACCAUUAUUUGUACAAAAAAUUGAAUAAAACCUCAAUAUCACAUUU